AUGGCUGAGUACCAGCAAGCGCAUACAGAAUUUCUCGCUCAGCUCUCUGACGAAGAAAAAAAGCAAUUCAUUGCGAUCAAUGAUUCGCAGAGUUUUCUUGCGGCGAUACAGGAUCUACAAAAGUUUCGAAAAUCGAACAGGAGAUGGGUCAAGCUACUAAGUUGUGUGCAGAGAUGUGGAGACUGCUUGCAACCUUAUUUCGACGUUGUAGGUACAGUCGUCCAGUCUCAUCCUGAAGUUGCAGCAGUAGCAUGGGGCUCUUUUCGGUUAGUACUAUUGGAGUGUCACCCGAGUUUUUUCUCAAAAAAAUGGAAGUAUGUUAAGAUUGAAGCUGAUCGUAUCAAGUUACUAAGUAUGCAAGAACUCAGAAAGACUCCUGCCGUUAUCGGCAGUCUACUGUGGACACCAUUCAACACACGUUUUGCCAAUAUUCUUCAACGCCUUGACUCCCAUCGAGGGAUACUCAGAUUUGAGAUUGAUUUACUGCAACUCAGUACAUCUGAUAAAAUAGCCGACAACCAAGACACGAUACAGUACUACCAAUCCCAGAUAGAGAAGCAUGUACAGCACCAUAUUACCACUCUAAGCGCGAUGAAUGUAGAGUUCACAAGUCAAAAACAUAAUUUCGCUGAUGCACUUGAGUUGAUGAAACAAAAGCGCCUGGAAGGUACUGCCGAGUGGAUAUUUCAAACCAAAGAAUUUCUUGCGUGGGCCAAUUCCAACCUUUUGAGCAAGCCUGUACAUCCGAUGGCUAAUUUCUUGUGGAUCCGAGGAAAUCCCGGUACUGGAAAGAGUGUUUUAGCAGCAUCUGUGGUGGAGGAAAUGCUCGAAAAUAUGAAUUACACAACGCAACUCAGUCCGAUCGUUGCCUAUUAUUUCUUCGAGUACAAUUCAGACAAAGGAAAGGCAACAGCUCGUGACAAAGCAUAUCGCGCGAUAUUGGGCAAGCUCUUCCACCAGUUUUCGGACAACCGGGAUGUGCUGGAGAUAUUCUCAUUCGCCAUGUUCACGAAAAGAAGACACGGUCAGGCAACGGCUACGAACAACGAGCUAUUAGACAUCAUGAAAACAGUAGCCAACCAUGUAGGUGAUUGGACCAUCAUUAUUGAUGCUGUAGAUGAAUGCGAGGAAGAAGAAACCUUGCUUCAGGAUUUCAGCGAAACAUUCGGGGACAUUGGAGUCAGAGUUUUGCUUCUCAGCCGGCCCGAUGUCCAAUUUCUACGCAGAAAACUGCCAUCGCGGCAAGUCGUUACUAUCGAUCGCUCGCACAACCUUCGCGAUCUCGAACACUUUUUUGAAACCCACCUGAGUAGCUUAAAAGAUCUCAAUAUCCUUCCGGCGUCUGCAAGCGUUGACGAGAUGACCAGGAACCUUGUCAAGGGCGCUGACGGGAUGUUUCAGUGGGCUCAGCUAAUGAUAAUCCACUUGAAAUCCAAGGCCUUUACGCCGUGGCAACGUCUGGAUAUCAUCAAGGCUCUUACUACACCGGAAAAACUUGAAGACAUGUAUGUCCGAAUCCUGGAGCAUCUCUCAGAGAAACCACUCUCUGAGCAGUCUUUGGCACGUCGUAUUUUUGGAUGGCUUACUUUCGCAGAACGUCCUCUUACGACCAUCCAACUACAAGACGUUCUGACACCAUUACCGAAAGGCGAAUUAGCGCAAGUUCCGAAGGGAAUUACUCUGAGGCCAAAGGAAGAGGAAUUUACCGAUUUUGAAAGCAGUGUCAUCAUCCUUAGUGGCAGCUUGAUCGAGAAGCGAGCUUUUCCGAAUUUACCAACCAUAUACGUAUUCAUACAUCUGUCCGUUCGCGAAUUUUUCCGAUCGAGAUGUGAUUCCUCAUCUGCCAGAGCCUAUUGUCAGACCGGAAGUAUUGACUACUUCCUACCUGCUGCACCUCAAAUACAGGCUGAAUUGGCAAGACAGUGUCUUGAAUAUAUUGUUUGGAGAAUACCAGCCGCUCCUCUUUCCGGAAAUAUCUUGGACCCUGUAUGUCUAGAUACCCUAAAUCAGCUGCGUCCAUUUAUAAGUUAUGCAACACUGCAAUGGCCACGACAUCUAAUCAAUAUGGGGGUUCCGGGGACCAUGUGGAAUGCAAACCCAAUCACCGGUUUCCGAGACAUCAUAGAGAAGCUGACAACCAUUCUAGCUAGAAUUCUCUUGAACAGAUUGCUUCCAAUGGUUUGGGUUGAAUUAAAAUACACCUUCGAGAAAAGAUCGGACGCGCAUGACGCCUUGCAUACCGCCUUGCUGAAAUGGUCACAGUGGAUUCAAAGCUACGAUCUCGGGUGGCUACCGGGUGAUUCAGCAAGCGUACCGCCAGCAAUCAUAGCAUUUGCAGAAGACCUGUCGACUUUGCACCAAUUCUGGGGUGACACCCUCGUUGCUGGACCUCAUCAUAUAUGGCAGGAUGUAACUGCUUUUACAUCUAGCCCUUUCUUCGUUACAACUGGUGCUGUUGCUAUCAAGUCUCUGGUAUCGGAGCGCUCCCACUGGUCAGGACGGAGUAGCGUACCUUUGAGCAAGAUCUCGAGGGAUGACCCAAAAACAGACUUCCUGGCAACUCUUACUAUUUGGCCCUCUAGUGAUAUUGGAAACAAGAAAACAAGAAUGAGGUCUGACUCGAACGCCAGAGCCUUCGAGGCCCAUUGGAGACCGUCAGCCUCACGAGCGAUACGAACUACCACAGAAGAUAUCUUUGAUGAAUGGAUUGCGCAAUAUGAGCUCUGGAACAUCGAGUUCGACGAUCCUAUCCUCGUGGAGGAUUAUCGCAUUGUGCUCGAUAAGAUCGAAGUACAGUCACAGCACGCCAAAUUUCAGAAGUUCAUCAAAACCGAUGUUAUAGCGGAUGGCUCUCGAAAGACAAGGAGAGAACUUGCAGUACACUUUCCUACUAGCAUUAGUGGUGAUCUGCGCACAAUUACUGUGCUAACGACUGUUUUCGAUUGCCAACAACGCCUCGUAGCAGGAACAUCAACCAAACAGGAGGCAGAGGCCGUAGAGAUGUGGAAUCCAACCCCUCUGCCUAUACGUCAUACUAAGCAUGCAACAUUGCUUAUGGGACUACCAAAAGAAGUGGUCAAGAAUAAACAAGAUUUCCCAGAACAGAUAUGCAAUGAAUCUUUUAAAGAAAAGAUCAUCCGUCUGGACAGUAUGCCUGCGUACCGUCUGCUGACCUGUCGCGAUUAUGUCCUUCUCCAAGGUAUUGACGGCCGUGGUACACUGAACGAAGAAGAUGACAUGACAAGUAGUAUGGCAGUGUAUUGGCGGGAUGUUAGGCAUUUGGAAAGCCCAAAGCUCGUUGGCUGUAUCACGGGUGAUGGAUCAGUGGGGUCGAUAUUACACCCUACCUUCCAUCCCCAAUAUCCGCUCAUCGCCUUCCAUUACAAGUCGCAGAUUGGAGACUCCCAUAUUGUGCUUUGGCUGUUCAAAAAGCCCGGAGAUGAAAUUGUCCUUCUUAACCACGACAUAUUCUCAUUCAGAUCUCUCGAGGGCGGCCUUUCGGCUUGCUACGUUACUAAGCUAGCAUCGCGCAUCAAGAUGCUUCAAUUCUCAGCCUGUGGUACGACAAUCAUACAUCAGCUCUAUGAAAACGCCUCCUUGUUUACAAAAUCUAUUGAGGAUCUGCAUGUAUACAAUGUCGCCAAGCAGCAACAUGAAUCAGGAAAAGUAAAAGUGUCUUCACAAAGUUUUGGAUCGAGUGCACCGAGACAAACCGCAGUGCAGAAGAUGCAUAGCUUACCAGGAUCCAUGGCUACAAACGAACCUGUGCAACACACUGAUGGAAGUGUUACCAGUCUUGCUUUCGACGCAGGAGCAUCAAAUCGCGCCAUAAAGCUGGUACAUUCGGCCAAUGGCAGAAAUCAUGAACAAGCGUUGCUCUCACUGCCGGCAUGGAGUGACGUGCACAAUAUCUCAGCGAGCGUGAGAUUGCCAGAACGCUCUCGAGAUGAAAGGAUUAUGAUUGUUCUUAACAAAACAGCAGAGCCGUUCUAUAUUUUUGGUCGAGGCGCUGGGCCGACUGCACCUUCGAUUGUGCGAAAAGAUAUCAAGGCUCUUGCGAAACCACGAUCUACAGAUAUCAUGUGGGGAGAGAGAUAUCCAAAGGCUAAUACAACGACUUCCUGGAAAGGAAUCACAUUCGGUGAUGAGACCGCGGCGGAAGGGGACAUGCAGAUUACCAAAAGAGCCCGCCUCAGCUGAGCGGGAGCAACAACGAGCAAUAGGCACAGAUAGCACGAACACUGUUCAGAGCACUAGCGAACGAGAUACCUGAGGACACAUGAAAUGCGAAGUAGCCGAGAUGAGUGAAAUUGUGGAUUGCCGGCAACGACCAGCACUGGCGGACUUCCAUACAUUGGU